AUGAGCCGGGGCAUCCCCGCAGCUCCAUCCACGGAGGUUGGCCUGCCAUACAACAAGAACAUGGCUGAUGUAGCCGAUUGGUGCUAUGUGCCUACCAAGGUUCUGCUUGACGCCUUUGCCAAUGUCCUCCACGACAAUCAUCAACCAGUCUUCAAAAAGGGCUAUUUCGGUACCUAUAACCCAAAGGCGAACAGGGAGCGGGUGUCUGUGGGCCAAAAGUUCAACGAAGACAAGAUCAUCCUUCUUUCGAUCUUGCCCGAGUUCUGCAUGUUUGACACUUUCAAAUUCAGGACGCUUAACUCGGACGCUAUCACGCAAGGUCUUGUUGAAUUUUCCAAGAACAAAAAAGUUACCCUAUGGCUAUGCUUUGCCUCCCAGAUUUUCCUCGACAUCCAUCACAUCAUGCGAUACAGUACCCUGGGUGCCUUUGGAGACCUUCGGAUGUCAGGACUGCGCAUCCAGAAGGUCAUUGAUGUCUACCUGAAGCUGUCCAAAACACACCCCCAGCCCAAAUUUUGGGCAAAGGAGGGCGACGAGGAAAUUCAAGGUAUUAGUUCUACCGUCGACUCCUGGAUCAUACAAGACGCAUUCCUCAAUCUUCGGGUCCUGUCUGGACUCGAUAAAACCGGAUCACCGCCUGAGAAGCAUGCACUUUUAUCGCAGCACUCUCUCCUCUGCGGACUGAUAUUAUUCCACCUCAAUAUUAGAAUGCAGCGUGUAGGCCAGCAGCUUGUCACCCAAUGGUAUGACGUCCAACAGCUGGCUUUCUUGCACAAUCUCGUUAUCAAUUAUGCUAUGCACAAGGACGUGAGAUGGCCCGAUAUGGAUGCUUUCAUCAAGAUCCAUGGCGAGUCUCAUAUCUUCAUUGGCAUCUCAUCUGCUGCCAAUUUUGCGCGCGAUUCCCGGAGUAAACCCUUUCAUAAACCGGAUGGCAAGAAUCCACGCUUGCUCAAGCCUACCACUGCAGUUGCGAACUUGUUCUCCCCAAAGUAUGUCGAGGGUCUCGCGGAAGAUGCCGGGAUCGUCAACAUUGACCGGAUCCUAGACGAGCUCUCACAAAAAUCCAAGCUUGAAUCCUCGUCCUGCAAGGAGCUCAACAGAGCUAAUGCGGAGCUCUCGAUUACCCAAAAGUGGUCGAAUACCCGCAACAUUGACACACUCCACCUUUUGGCCUUCCUGAAGACCAAGCUUUACGAAGAGGAGCCUGUCAUCUUGUACAACUACUUCGGCAUGCACAAACGUUCCAUCGAGCUACUGCGGUUGAUCGGAGAGAAAGAGCAUGACAAAUUUGAUCAAUAUUUUACAGCCGGGUACAUGCCUGAUGAGUCCUUCAUCUCCAACAUUGUCCUUCUCAUCCACCAUGUCGCGCAAGGCUCGGCGCAAAACGCACGUUCAAUGGGACUCGGAUCAGGGGACGUGGAGUUAGUAAGUCGUAUUGUUAUGAGCUCUGGCGACGUCAUGCGUGAAUACCUGAAGAAAAAUGGUGACGUGGCAUGCAAAGAGCUGAGGGUGUUUUGCAAGAACAAAAAGCCCAUUCAAGAUGAGGUUGCUGAUGAUGCGGGCGAAUCGGACGGGCUGGUGACGUCUUGGCUGCAUCUCGAGGAUGUUCUGGGUCCGAAGGGCGUGGCCUCGCUUAUGACCGGGAUCCCGAUGGCCUAG